AUGGUGGCCUAUGCAAUCCCCCGUGGUCGAACAACGUACACGUGUACUCCAGAUGGAAGAGGCGAGAAAAAUAUUAGGACAGUCUGGAACCAGAUGGGCUUUGGAGUAGGACAGCAGGCGCCUCCCUUCCCUCCACUGUCCCAUUGCAGAUCCAGAGGCCUCCCAUUUUGGCUCGGGUGCCGGUUCCGGAACGGCGUCAUCCUGGAUCGACAUAGUGCUACCGUAGAGGUAGUAUACAGUAGUCAGCAACUGAGGGAAAUGGACGAUUGCGAGAUUUGGCUCGUCCCGCACACCGUGGAAGAGGCGACAAAGUCACAAGGGUUACAUGACCGCGCCACAAUCCCCCAUUAUUACACUACGACGUAUAUGUCCCUGGCCGUCACUGUCACGCUCUGGCAAGGCACGCCAGCAACAGUAGUGUACUAUGUAUCAGUGCAAGGUGUCGGAGGAUUGUCAAACUGA